CUGCCCACCCCCUGGCUGGGAAUCCGUGUUGGCAUGGGGGCUGCCGGGGCUCACGGUCACUGGGGGCUUCAGCUGGGAGGUGAGCAGUGGCUAUUCAGAUGGACAGUCUGUCCUCAGGCUCUUCUCUGCAGUUCCUUGCCAAACUCCUUCAUGGAGCUCAAGAAGAAGAUGAGGAUGAACACGUGCCACACCAUUCUGUUAGUGCCAUGACUCCUGGUAGUAUUGGACCACUAAAGAGAGAGACCACUGGUGCUUCUUGUCAAGGGAAAUCUGAAGACAGGAAAACUAUUUGGAAUACAGAGGAGGUCCCAGAAGGAUCUGAAUUUGAUGAUAUAUGGGACCCUAGAGAAGAGCCAGAGUAUCAGAUUUUAUUCAAACAGCAUCUAGGAACAGAGGAUAUCUUCUUUGGGAUGAACAGGAAAGACCCCUCCACAGCAUGCUGUGAAGAUAUGGUGAUUAAAAUCAAGCUGCCAGAGACAAAGUACUCAGAAAUUACAUUAGAUAUCCAGGACACGGUUCUUGACCUUCGAACUCCCCAAAAAGACUGCUACAUGCCCUGAGGCACAAGCUAGGACUUUUGGCACUCGUUAUUGGUGACGUUGUUGCACAAGUACUCCUCUGCUUGGGAC